AUGCAUCUCGAGUUCCUCCGUCCAUGCGAGCCACGCGACAGCACAAUCACUAUCAAGCCUCUCAAGGUUGGCGCUGCGGCGAGUACCCUCCAAGUUCAGCUCGACCAAGAAGGGAAAACAAAAGUGUUGGCAAUAAUCACAUCAACCAACUUCGACAAAAGUAUUGGUCCGAGCUCAAAAACAGCUUGGAAGCUCCAUCCAACCCCGGCGCCUAUACCUGACUUCGAUCGUAUCUCAGCGCACCAACCCGAGGAGAGCUGGAUCCCCGGCCGAGUCGUGGGUGAGCUUAUCCCGUUGACGCGGCGAAAGAUUGGUUUGCUUCCGCGUGAAGGCUUCCCCGUUGAUGGAGUCUGCGAUGCGUGGCAUGGUUUCCUGGCAGACGAGCGCAUGGAUGCUGCUUACCUGGCCUUGAUAGCUGAUAGUACUCCUUCCAUGUCGGAUACUCUUCUAUACAAUGGCGGGCCGUACGAUGCGCAUACGUUCCAUAAGCAGAUGGCGGAUUGGGCCAAGGAGAACCCGGGUGUCCCUUGCGUGAUCACCAACUCUAUUGCCGAAGCAAUGCAGGCUACUCAUUUCAACAUUACUCUGACCAUGGAUAUCGAGUACAAACGAAGACUGCCUGAAGAUGGGCUACGUUGGGUAUUCACAAGAGCCUCCACCAAGAUGUUACAUGGUGGAAGGAUGGAUGUUGAUGUUACUAUUUGUGACGAGGAUAUGGAGCUCGUUGCCACAUCGCAGCAGGUCAUUCUAGUUCUGGGUGCGCAAAAGAAAUUUCGUAACGGCAAGGAGAAGUCGUCACUCUAG